UCGCUUCCGAAUGUAUCGAAUCCCCGGGACGUAGUACCUACCACCGUCAGCAUACACUCCGUUCGGACACACACCAACCAGGUGUGUCAACGGAAAACGAGGAAACGCAUUGCUCAAAGAGGCCGGCUACCGGUGUGGUGUGGUGCGGUGCGGGGUACGGUGGUGCGCGUUAGGCGAAAGCGAUGGCGGAGGCAAUCAUUGCCGACUGGAUCUCCGACUAUAGCUCCCUGCAGGACACGGAGCUGCGCACGUUUGCGGCCCAGCAUGAGAAUGACUUUGAGAUCUCGAAGGCCCUCUACACGAUCCUGAACGAGCGGACCAAAUACAAAGAUCUCAUACAUCCCAUCUGCAACCAGCUGUGCAAUUUCUACCGGUCAAAUGAAGUGGAGCUGCGCCGGUUCACGCUGCAGUUCGUACCGAUGCUGAUCUAUCUGUAUCUGAACUCGGUGGCGCUCGGCGACAAAAAAGGCUGUCGGUCGAUCGAAACGCUGCUGAUCUGUAUCUACAACAUCGAGGUCAGCUCAGAGGACGGCAGCCCGAAGGUGGUAUCCUUUCGGAUGCCCGUUCUUGCCCAAGCAUCGGUAUACCAUGAGGAAAAAAGUCUUCAACCGAGCGACCUGCGUAGAUGGGAGGAAAACAGCAACAAGGACAUUAACUGGGGCCCACUGCCCACGAUCGAGUCGAUCAACGCUCAGAACCGACUGAAGGUGAUGACGGCACUGCUGUUCACGUACAACCAGCAGCUGAACCAAAUACACAAGCCCGCCCUGUAUCAUCUCUGCAAGACGACGUCGCUGCUGGUCAACCAGGGCUUCCCGAAGCUACCCGGUGGCCACAUGCACCGUUCGUCGUACGGUAGCGAUCCGAUCUCACCCCAGCAACCGAUGGCGAUGGCGGCCCCCUCGCAUGUCGUGCGACCUCCACCACGGAUCGCCGUGAACGCGCAGUUCCUGGUCGAGCUGGCUCACGCCAAUUACUUCGCCAUGUUCAACGAGUUUGCGUCGGCCGCGAUUGAGGCCGUGACGGACCUGCACAGUCGGGCGUGCUACGAAAUGCUGCCCGAGGUGAUACUGGUCUCAAACGCGAUACGAAACUCGCUGCACGCGAAUCCUUCCGGCCAACCGAGCGACGGUCCGAUGGGUAUCAGUGUCGCACUGACACCCGCCACAACGACCGUGACGGUCUCGAAGUCGAUGAUCACCAAUGCAUCCUUCCGGACGAAGAAGUUGCCAGAUGAUAUUCCAAUACAGGGUCCGACGAAGGACGACAGCAGUGGCCCGCCCCACCUGACCAGCAUCAACGAAGAGGGCGAAAGUGGGCUCCCAUCGGCGGACGGGAGCAUGAAGGGCAGCAUCGUUGGGGGUAAUGCUACGGCGGGCGGGGCUGGUGGUGGUGCGUCGACGACGUCUACCCCGGGCAAACCGAAGGACUCCAAAACCCACAAGGUGCUCGGUGGCUUUAAGAAGCUGAAACCGGAAAAGGAUAAAGAGAAGGAUAAGGAUAAGGAUAAAGAUAAGGAUAAGGAAAGAGAUAAAGACAGCAAAGAUGCUAGCGGUCCGACGCCGGUCGUACUCGUGUCAACCGGCACGGGCAGUGUGACGGUUCCGGUGGGAAGUGCCGGUACCGGAACCACCGUUGGCGGCACGUCACUAGUCGAGGAAGCGAAGGCGCUGAUGUCAUCGGCCAAGAAGAUUAACUCGAAGGAUAAACUAAGUGCUUCCGGUGUUGGCGGUGGACAACCGGCCACGGUGGUGGUGCUUUCCAACGGCAGCAUUCUGAUGGGCUCCGGUCCUGGUGCUACGUCGACGAAUGGCGACGGAACGGAUGCUGGUGGACCCAUCAUCGGGGCAACAUUGGCGCCAAGUUCGGCCGGUGGAGGUGCCACCGCGAACGGUGGACUCGGCAAGCAAUCGCUCGACAAUGGCGAAUCGUUCGAUUCCGGAAGCGAGCUCAUCCAGCAUCAUUGCAACACCGUCAUCAACAGCAGCAACAGCAACAGCAGCAACGGGGGCAGCACGAUUAAAACCACCGUGCUGGACAUGAAGAACCACGGAAGCAUACAAGUUAGUCAAGUUUAGAUAGUUCCUUCGGUACAUUGGGUGUUGUUUGUGUGUUUUCGUGUGUCUGUGUGUAUGUGCGCGCGCGUAGGAGCGUUUCCUUGAUUGAUUUUUUUUUAUUUACCUAACACCGGGGAAAUCACACGAAGCCUGAUAAUUGUAACGAUGAGUUUUUGGUGCAAAUUGUUCCACAAUUCGUAAAAUUGAGGUCACUUUUUAACGGUAAAGAGUCCGUUUUGAGGAGAUACGCUUGUGUUUACGCCAUGAUAACAACUUAUGGCACUCACGUACACACACAUACACACGCACACAAAAACUAUACAUAUAUAGCUACGAUAGGUUAGGAACAAUUGAUCGUACGCAAUAGAGUGCCGGAAAGGUGGCGAGACGGAGAGACAUUAUCCCUCGCGUUUACGUUGCUUGACCCCAUUCCUUGCUCCGUUAAACUCCAGUUUCAUAUAACCUCGUAAAACUUCGUUUCAUGUUAUACACAUGUUUUUGUUUAUCGGUUUUUGCUAGCGAAAGUUCAUAAGACCUUGUUUUUAUUAUCGGAAAAAUGUUUAAUGUGAUCCAACCUAAACUACGCGUUUUAUAAAGUAUUCAAUUUCUUGGUGUAUUUG